AUGGCUGUCGUCGAUGGAGAACGUAGUUGUUAUGUGGCAAGCUUCAAGGAUGACGUCACCGAAGAUCUCAUCGAGGAAUUAUUCACCCAAGUUGGCCCGGUUUCGAGAGUUUUAAUGAAAACUUUGCCGAAAAAUGAUCAACGCUACGCGCUCGUUGAAUUUGAAGACGAAGAAAGUGUGAUUUUUGCAAUUGAGACUUUGGAUGGGAUCAAGCUAUUCGAUCAAAGUUUGACUGUGAAACCAAGAAAUGGAACAAAUCAAGAGGAGAUUUGGAAAAAAGCCAGAGGAGCUAUCGAUAGACGUCAAAGAUCAAAUCCAGUUCCUCAACCAAAUACAAGGUAAUUUUUAAAAAUAAAUGAAAUUUAAAAAGCUUUAUCAUUCAAAAAAUCAACAUCUUCUGAUACAACAAACACAACUUCUCCCAUCAUUUGAUGGAAAUCCUGAAGAUUGCGCGGUACUCAAACCAGAAGCCAAAGCUACAGCUGCACAGCAUCCUGGACAUCUUGUGACUGGAUUUGCUUGUGAAUCUGUGCAUUGCGCGGUGGUCCGGGUUCCAUCAAUUGAAGCGGUGAAAGUGGCUCGAGUUGAGCAACCUGAAAUUAAAGAAAAUUUUGAAAAGGAUCUUAGAGUUUUAUUUUGAAGAAACCCACUAAAUUGACAAUUUUGAGCAAAGACAACGGCGAAAAUCACCAAAAUCAAUAGAAAAACUCGCAUUUUCUCUUGAAAUUUUGGGAAGGAAAUUUGUUUUUAUGGGGGGAAAAUGUUUAGAAAAUAUGCCGUGGAAAAUUGUUUUUAAAACAUAGAAUGUUUUUUUGAUUUUUUGAUUUUUGCAGCUCGCAUCGAACAUCACAUCAAAAUCAACAACAACAACAACAACAACAAAGAGCCGCACCGCAACCAUAUGCAAUUCCGGACAGAAACAGAACUCGAUCUCGUAAGAUUUUUUGUCUAGCCCCGAAAAUUUGCGAAUUUUCGGCCUGAAAAAGGAACUGUGUCGAGAUUUUUAUCAAAAUAUAUAUUUUCUAGUAUUUUCCAAGCCGCUGAUCACAAUUCCAUUGUCAAAAAUUGCAAAUCUCAAAUCCUAAGUGGAUUUGGGAGGUCAGAACUAGAUUUCAGAUUUCGAGAUGAUUUUCAUGAAAAUCUGAUAGCAUAGGGUUGUUCAGAAGAAAAAAUACAUAUAUUUUUGGGUCUCGCAGCGAAAAAUUGAUUUUGCCUGGGAUUUUUGGUGAUUUUCUAGGUACUGGGUGGAAUUUUCAUUGUUUUCCGGAUCUUGAAGAGAAAACUAAGGCUUUUUUCGCUUCAGGACCCAGAAAACAGUGAAAAUUCCACCCAGGACCUAGAAAAUCAUCGAAUUUUGCUCCAUGACCCAGAAAAUCACCAAAAAUCCCAGGCAAAAUCAAUUUUUCGCUGUGAGACCCAAAAAUAUAUGUAUUUCUUCUUCUGAACAACCCUAUGCUAUCAGAUUUUCAUGAAAAUCAUCUCGAAAUCUAGUUCUGACCUCCCAAAGUCACUUAGGAUUUGAGAUUUGCAAUUUUUGACAAUGUAAUUGUGAUCAGCGGGUUGGAAAAUACUAGAAAAUAUAUAUUUUGAUAAAAAUCUCGAUUGCAUUUUGAAAAUCUUCAAUUUUUAGUGAAUUUUGGACCUAAAAACUGAAAAUUUCACAUCUUUGACCUGAAAAUCGGGUUUCUUAGGAUAUUUUGGGCCAAAAAUUCAAAAAAAUCUGUGCACAUUUUUAGUCUAAAAAUCUCCAAUGUUCCAGAAUAUCAACAAUAUUCAACUCCUCAAUCUUCCUACCAACAUUCCUCACAAAAUUAUCAUCAUCAACAAUCAGCGCCUACAAAUUAUCAUCAUCAGGCUGGACAUUCGAAUAGUUAUCAUCAACAAUCUCAAGAAUAUACACCCAGAAGAUCACAUCAAAAUCAACAGAAUUAUAAUAGUGGAAGUGGAAAUGGUAGAAAUUAUGAGGAUAGACGACAAAGUGGAGGUGGACCUGAUAGGUGAGCGAUUUUUGGCGGGAGAAAAUUUGAAUUUUUAAGUUGAAAUAUCGGGUUUUGGCGCGAAAAUUUGACCUAAAUGGUUGAAUUUUGGCGCGAAAUUUAAAAUUUAAAUCUUUUUUUGAAAAUUGUAAUAAUUUCGAGGUUUUCGCGCCAAAAUGUACAGUAAUCCUAUGAUUUUCAAAUUUUUAAAAAUACUGGAUUUUUUCGCGCUAAAAGUUACAGUAAUCUGAUGAUUUUCAAAUUUUCGAAAAUUCUGGAUUUUUCGCGCUAAAAGUUACAGUACCUUCUCAAAAUUUAUCUGAAUUUUCAAAUUUCGGAUUUUUCGCGCUCAAAACUACAGUAUCUUCUCAAAAUUUUGCAUUCAAUUGAUUUUUUUCCAGAAACUACAGUAACCAACGCUAUUCGACACCAAGAAAUCAAGGAAAUUGGCGCUAA